AUGUCCCCCAUGGACGCUGCUGGCGAAGAACGGCUACGUCAGCUUCGUGCACAUAUCCAUAAGACUUUUGGACCAGAUGGACGUGGUCGUCGCGCUAAACGAACGCUGGAAAUGCCUACCGAGGCCCCCAAACCCGCCAAGACUCCGCGUACGAAGCUCCGACAGCGUAUUGAACAGGCUUCGCAGCUAAGUGCCGACCAGAUUUUCUGUCAGCAGUUUGGUAGCCGUGAGGAAUUAAUGAAGACGGAGUUUGACCUCGCACGACCAGCAGGACAUCCCGUCUCGAAGGUCUAUAGACGCUAUGCAGCCGGCGCCGCACCUUCCGCCGCAGUCUCAAGUCUGUCGAUAAAGACGGCAGGAGGACCAACCACUCAUUACUUCUCUUCGUCUUCAACUUCAACCUUUACCAGCUCGCUGCCUGCACCAUCUACUGCAAAACUGAGCCAUUUGACACGUCACUUGACACGCUCGACACGGAUCAAAUCGCCUCGUAAAGCAGCCAUCAAGCGUGGACGAGCUGGAGAGAGCAGUGCCGAGAAGACACUUGUGCUGAGAAAGCCUCGACUUGGUGGCGUAAGUGGGCAAAAACUCGACUACACAAGUACAACAGGCUCUCACUUUGGAGCACAGACAGCAGUACCUAUGUCGUUCGACGCUCGGAAGCCGCUUGUCACUAGCGGCGACGACGUGCCGAAUGUGUCAACCAGCUUCCUCUCGAGGACGUCACCAAGCAAGUUUCAAUUCCCGUCGAACGCUACGCGGCUGUUCUCCCAGCGUCACGCACCAUUGCGGUAA